CACUCCUCCACCCCCAUUAGAGCAUCCAUCCUCUUUACUCCACCCACUCCAACUUCAAUCGUUUUCACUCUAUCGUCUUUUAAAGAAACACUUUCAAAAGAAUCUUAAUUACAUUGAAAAAAAUAAUUUAUAAAAGUUCACUUUUUCCUCUUCUUUACUUUAAAAAAGAAUCAAUUAUAACUAACAACGGAAGAAUUUUUUGCUGGAUCUAAAGAAACAAAAUGAGAAGAAGAUAAUGGUUGUGGUGAUUUUUAGAUUUGCAAAAUUAAAAAUUAUUUUGAUUUUAACAAGAUUAAUGGCGAUGUUGCAGUACCCUAAUUGAUGGUGUAUAGUGGAUGAAAUUAUCACAAAGAUUGAGGGAAGAAGAUGAACAGUGUUUAAAAAUAUUUUUUGGCCUGAAAAUAAGCUCCUAACGGGCUGACUUUGAGUGUAUUACACUCACCAUGUCUUGUCAACAAAAAGUAUCAAAAUAACACAAUGAAAUUCUACAUGAUAGGGUUUAAAAUAAAUAUUGCACAAUUAAAAUGUCUAAAUAAAAUUUCAUACCAAGUUUAAGGAUUCCAUGGGUUAGAUAUAUAAUAAAAGAAGCAUGAGAUAGCAUCAUAAGAUUGAGAUUUAGGUAAUUUCACAAUUCAUAAUUCUAGGAUUCAUAGCAUAAGAAUUUUCAAGGCAAAAUUGAACUAGAAAGAGCCGCAGAUUAUACAACAAUAUGGAUGAGCUGAAGAUGAUUCUAACAGAAGCAUUUGGCGAUUCAUCAAACAGCGAAGGCGAAGAAGAAGAACAAUUUCUCCAUGUUCAUUCUGUUGAGAAUAAGGUCAAUGGAAAAGCCCUAAUCAGGUCAGUGUUCGGAGAAACUCAUAAUUGGGAAAGAAUCAGUGAAAUUGAUGGCCUUUGGCUGUGCAAAGACUUUUUAUCUCCUGAUCAACAAUCAAAGUUGUUAUCAUCAAUCCAACAAGAAGGAUGGUUUGCUGAGUCUUCAAGCAAUCAGGUGUUGUUGGAUCCUCAAACCUUUGGGUAUUCUUGCUAUGAGAUUUGGCGACCUACCAGGAUGGGCGGUUGAGCUCUCCAGGUCUAUCCAUGAGGUGAUUCUUUUCGGUAGUUAUGCUGCAGAGUUGGAAAACUGUGAAAAGGGCAAGGAAGCAUGUAUUUUUCCACAAGAUCUGUUAUGGAGGGAACCUCUAUUUGAUCAACUUAUAGCUAACAUGUAUCAACCAGGUGAGGGUAUCUGCGCACAUGUUGAUCUAAUGCGGUUUGAGGAUGGAAUAGCUAUUGUUUCUCUAGAUUCAUCCUGCGUAAUGCAUUUUUCUGGAGUCGAAAAUGAAACAUGCACAGCUCAAGAUCCACCACACAAAGUGCCGGUGCUUUUGACACCAGGUUGUCUUAUUCUGAUGUGGGGAGAAGCACGCUAUCUUUGGAAACACGAAAUAAAUCGAAAACCUGGGUUCCAAAUAUGGCAAGGUCAAGAGAUUGAUCAAAAGAAGAGAAUCUCAGUGACACUGAGGAAACUUGGUCGCACUGACUAGAAAUUUAGUGCUACACAUUUGCUCGCGUCAUUUUCUUGUGCUUAGGCAGAACAGAAACUUGCAUUAUUCAUGUUGCUUGAAGAAUUGAAGCUUAUGAUAUAAUGCAUCAACACGUUUCUGCAGAUUAUACUAUGGUAUAAUCCAAUAUAUAUGGAAACUUAUACAUUUGUUUGAAAUCUCAAAGGUGAUAUAUUUGUUUAACUCUUGAAAUUCAAAAAGUGAGACAUGAAAUAAAACGAUUGAACAAGCAAGUAUGUAAUUAUUGUA